CAUCGCUAUUUCAAAUGUCUUGAAUAAUCGCUUACGUGUACAAUUCCUUCAAAUAAAGGCAGUACACUAAUCAUCUAAAAUCUUUGGGACUAAAAUAUAAUAUUAGAGUCCAAAAGGCAAGGAAAAUAGUUACAAAAACUCGGGGCAACGUAGUCAGCUAAGCUAAUGCAAAUAUGUUUAUUUAUCUCAGUAAAAAGAUUGCCAUUCCAAACAAUAUAGUUUUAAAAUGUGUGUCCUGGAACAAAGAUCAAGGUUUCAUUGCCUGUGGAGGAGAAGAUGGCCUUUUGAAAGUCCUCAAACUUGAGACUUACACAGAUGAUGCUAAAUUAAAAGGCCUGGCUGCUCCCAGCAAUCUGUCCAUGAAUCAGACGCUGGAGGGCCACAGUGGAGCAGUGCAGGUUGUGACGUGGAAUGAACAAUACCAGAAACUCACCACCAGUGACCAAAAUGGGCUUAUCAUUGUCUGGAUGCUUUACAAAGGUUCAUGGUAUGAGGAGAUGAUUAAUAACAGGAAUAAGUCUGUUGUGAGGAGCAUGAGCUGGAGCGCGGAUGGUCUAAAGAUCUGUAUCGUGUAUGAGGAUGGUGCUGUGAUUGUGGGCUCAGUGGACGGAAACAGGAUAUGGGGUAAAGAACUGAAAGGGACUCAGCUGGCACAUGUGGCCUGGUCUCCUGACAGUAAGAUCCUGCUUUUUGGAAUGGCCAAUGGAGAGAUCCACAUCUUUGAUAACCAGGGAAACUUCAUUAUGAAGAUGACCAUGAGUUGUUUGGUGAAUGUAACAGGUGCCCUCAGUAUAGCAGGUAUGCAUUGGUACCCAGGCACAGAGGGGUAUCUGGAGCCAGACUGUCCCUGCUUGGCUGUUUGCUUCACCAAUGGGCACUGCCAAGUGAUGCGCCAUGAGAGCGAUGACAAUCCAGUGAUUAUCGAGACAGGCAUGUGGCAGGUUGCCAGUAUCCAGUGGAAUCACUGCGGCAGUGUUCUGGCUAUAGCUGGAUCACUCAGAAACAGUGGAGCUGAGAAAGAUAUAAACAUUGUUCACUUCUACACUCCGUUCGGAGAGCACUUGCGGACUCUGAAGGUACCGGGUAAGCAGAUGACUGCUGUAUCAUGGGAAGGUAGAGGACUCAGAAUCGGCCUGGCUGUAGAUUCCUACAUUUAUUUUGCCAACAUUCGGCCAGAUUACAAGUGGGGUUACUGCAGUAACACGGUGGUGUAUGCAUACACGCGUCCUGAUAGGCUGGAGUACAGCGUUGUGUUCUGGGACACCAAGAAUAAUGAGAAGUUUGUGAAAUAUGUCAAGAGCCUCAUGUCCAUUACUACCUGUGGAGAUUUUUGCAUUCUGGCCACCAAAGCGGAUGACACACACCAACAGGAGGAAAAAGAGACUGAAGCUGGAUCUGCUACGUAUGUCCUGGUGUUGUGUAACUCAAUUGGAACCCCACAGGACUCUAAAUACAUUGACAUAGAUCCCCUGUUCAUCACUAUGACAAAGACUCAUGUGAUUGCUGCAUCUAAGGAGGUGUUUUAUGUUUGGCAGUAUCGCGUUGCCAAGAAACUCACCGCUCUUGAAAUCAACCAGGUCACCAAAACCAGAAAAGAAGGUCGAGAGAGGGUUUAUCACAUUGAUGACAGUACAAGCGGAAUAUCGGAUGGGACACUGAACUUUGCCAAGGCCUUCUCAGCCACCAGAGAUCCAAUUUGCUGCAUCACAGCAUCAGACUGGAUGCUUAUAGUGGGUCGUGAGUCUGGUAUCUUGCAGAGGUACAGUCUGCCCAACGUCGGCCUCCUGCAAAAAUACUCCCUCACCACCAGAGCAUUUCAGCUGUCUCUCAACUGUAACUCCAGCCGUCUGGCUAUUAUAGACAUUACAGGGCUGUUGACAUUUUUGGAUGUAGAGACACAAGCUUCGUCAAGGGACACAGAGGGUUGGUCUGCAGCUGGAGACCCAUCUAAAUUUGAGCGCAAGGAUGUCUGGGAUAUGAAAUGGGCCAAUGACAACCCAGAUCUGUUUUCCAUGAUGGAGAAAACCAGAAUGUAUGUCUUCAGAAACCUCGACCCUGAGGAGCCGAUUCAAACGUCUGGCUUCAUCUGCCACUUUGAAGAUCUGGAGAUAAAAUCUGUUCUUUUGGAUGAUAUUAUGAAGGAUCCAGAAGUUCCAAAUAAAGAUUAUUUAUUGAACUUCGAGAUUCGCUCACUGAGGGACAGCCGAGCACUGAUUGAGAAGGUUGGAAUUGAAGAUGCUUCUCAGUUUAUAGAAGACAAUCCCCACCCACGCCUCUGGCGUCUUUUGGCAGAAGCGGCACUGCAAAAGCUGGAUUUGAAGACCGCUGAGCAGGCGUUUGUGCGCUGCAGAGACUAUCAGGGCAUUGAAUUUGUGAAGAGACUGAGCAAUCUGCAGAGUGAAGCCAUGAAACAGGCCGAAGUAGCCGCUUACUUCAGCAGGUUUGAGGAGGCAGAGAGGAUGUACCUGGACAUGGAUCGCAGGGACUUGGCAAUCAGUUUGCGGAUAAAGCUUGGUGAUUGGUUCAGAGUCCUUCAGAUGCUCAAGACAGGGUCAGGUGACUCAGAUGAUGCGCUGCUAGAGCAGGCCCACAACGCCAUUGGAGACUACUUUGCAGACAGACAGAAAUGGUUAAAUGCAGUGCAGUAUUACCUGCAGGGUCGUAAUCAGGAGCGUCUGGCUGAAUGUUAUUAUAUGCUGGAGGACUAUGAUGGUCUGGAGAGACUUGCAAACUCUCUACCAGAGAACCAUAAACUGUUACCAGACAUUGGUCAGAUGUUUGUUACUGUGGGGAUGUGUGAGCAGGCAGUCGGUGCAUUUCUGAAAUGUAAUCAGCCCAAAGCAGCUGUGGACGCCUGUGUGCAUCUAAACCAGUGGAACAAAGCUGUUGAACUUGCUAAAAACCACAGUAUGAAGGAGAUUGGCCCUCUGCUGUCCAAAUAUGCCUCACACUUGCUGGAGAAAAACAAAACAUUAGAGGCUGUGGAGCUGUAUAGGAAAGCCCACCACUUCCUGGAUGCUGCUAAACUCAUGUUUAAGAUUGCUGAAGAAGAGGCGAAAAAGAGAACAAGACCAUUACGAGUGAAGAAGCUGUAUGUGCUCGCUGCCCUGCUGGUGGAAAACUUCCACACUCAGAUCAAAAGUUCACAGCAAAGCAAAACCAAGGGCAAGAAAUCAGAGGCCACCAGUGCAUUAGCAGGGCUGUUAGAGGAAGAUGAGUCGUCUUCAGACAGCCGUAUCCUGGAUGACGCCUGGCGUGGGGCAGAGGCCUAUCAUUUCUUCCUGCUCGCACAAAGACAGCUGUAUGAUGGCAAGGUGGAUGCGGCCAUGAGGACAGCUCUUCAUCUCCGUGAUUAUGAGGAUAUUAUACCUGCUGUGGAGAUUUACUCUUUGCUAGCAAUCUGCUCCUCUGCCAAUUGUGCAUUUGGUACAUGCUCACGUGCCUUUAUCAAGUUGGAAUCUCUGGAAACACUGACUCCAGAUCAGAGGCAACUGUACGAAGACCUGGCCCUGGAGAUCUUCACCAAACACAGCCCACGAGAUACCCGGCAAAGCCAGCGAGACAGCCUCACUGACGGGCCUGAGGGCAAGUUACCCACCUGUAUCAUGACAGGAAGAGUGAUAUCAGAGUAUCAGUUCUGGUUGUGCAGUGUGUGUAAGCAUUGUGCUUUGGAGCAGGAGAUUACACAACACAACUUUUGUCCUCUCUGCCACUCUUCAGUGGCAUAAACUUCGUCCUCUGUCCUUUCCAAUGCUCAUCUCUUGCUCUGUCUUUUUUUUUUUAUUUACAUAGUGCACAAUGAACUCUGCCAUAGAGUUACAAGGUUUAAUAUAGUUGCAAGCAAUGAUGACGGGCCCAAGCACCAUCGGUCCUAAAAAACUGUUCACAAUUUAGCAUCUUCUAUGUCUUUGCAUAAUAUUGUCUUAAUGUGAUGACAGUCUCAUGAAUCCCAUAGGAGGAGUAUUUAAAAUUUCAGAGUUUGCAAUAUAAAAAAAAUCCAAAAUGGCUGACUUCCUGUUGGGUGGAGCAAAUAACUGUAAAUAUUAUAUUACUAUAAUUAAACACCCAAAUAUAGGAAGAAAGGAAUAAUAACAAUUAAUGUGUUGCCAUGGCAACACUAUUAGGAUAUCAAAUAUCCCUUGACAGUUUUACAUCAGUAGUGUCUUGACAUUUAUUCUAAAGAAUUUUGAAGCAAUUCAUUUAAACAUAAGAUGGCUAUUUCAAAGUCUGUUAAAAGUGUCAUACUUCCUAUUGCCAGUUGGUGGUGCUAUGACCGUGACCCGCAUCCAUGUGAUUAGCCCCCAUUACCAAACAUACAUCUAAAUUUUCAUCAAAAUCACACAAUGCUCACAGACGAUACAAGGCAUUUUCUGUUUUCUUGUAUUCACCAUAAAUGUAUUGCUUCGCCAUGGCAACACCAUUCAAAAUAUCAAAAAUGUAUUUGCAAUUUAGCUUCUACAAUGUCUUGGCAUGAUGUUGCACAAAUUUGGUGCCAGUCAUAUGAAUCCCUUAGAAGGAGUAUUUAAAAGUUCAGAGAAUCCAAAUGGCCGACUUCCUGUUGAGUGAGCUAAUGUCUAUAAGUAUGAAAGAUGUUCAGCUUGAUGAGAACAAUAUAUGUGCCAAGUUUGGUGACUCUAGGUGAAAAUGGGGGUGCUACAGAGACCCUGUUACAUGCCAAUUUUCAAGGGGACCUGCAACUUUGCCCAGCCCUAAUGGCAACGACUCUGAUGUGUGUGCAAAAUUUCAAGAGUUUUCAUGCAUGUUAAGUACCCCAAAAGUACCGAAAACCUUGAAAAGAAUGAUAAAAAAAAUUAUCCUUAGAAGAACAAUAGGGCUUCUGCACUUUCAGUGCUUGGGCUCUAAACAUUUCAUUUGGAUGUUCAAAGAAAUUUAUAAUUUGUCUGUUUUGUAUGCCAAUUUCAUAUACUGAUGUACAUUAUUUACUUCAUCAAUAUUUUAUGUAGAAAUAUGAGUGACUUGUCUUCGAUAUGGGUAAAAUACUGUACAUGUGUAAUUAUAUGAAACAAAUCCUAACAAACAGAAGACAAACGUACUGCUGCAUUAAAUGCAUUUUGUAUAUUAAAUGUCAUUUUUCAGUUAAAAUAAAACAGGUUGAGUGCUCUUGUGUCUUUAGCAUCAGUCUAACAAUUAGCUAGAACAAAAAAAAAAGAUUUUAAUUUGAUAUACAAUUCCUUAAAAUUACUCUCUCAAAAUUGGCAUUUAAUUUCACAGUCAUAGA